CAACCAAUAAGAAAAAAAGAAAAGGCGGAAGACUCCCGAGACGGCGCCGUUGCCGGUAUCAGCCAAGUCAGCCUGUGUAGCUGAACCGGGAAAUACAAAAGAAUGCCAAUCGGGGUACGCCUUUACGCGUUUCAGCUCUGAAAGCUUUUGUCUAAGAGUACUCUAACGGCUGCCGAAAACCCAGAUUGCAACCAACAUCCUCUUCUAUUUCCACUCGGAGAUCCGUUCAACAUAUAGGGAAAUAGAUGUCCGUGUGAUCACACAGCUUUUCAUGCUGACACGCAAGACAUUGAAGGAUCUACACACCGCUUUUCAGAGCGUCGAAAAGGCCCUUCUGAAGAGGGUGAUGGCAGAGGACGUGUUAUAUGAAAAAAUCUCUAAGAAAGGAGACUUAACAUCUGGAGGCUCCCAGGGAGAGACUGAACCAAACAGCCUUCUGCAGAAAUUGAAAAACAAAAUCACCAAACCAGUGCAGAUUAAAGUGGACAGUAUACUGCUAGAUGUGCAGAAACUCUCGGAUUAUGAUAAACUGUACCUGUAUCUACAACUGCCUCCAGGACCCAGUUCUCCAGAGAAAAGUAACCUGGACCUAGGAUGUGUGAGCACAGCAGAGCAUAUGCAUGCCUGCACUUGGAUCCGUAACCACCUGGAAGAACACACAGACACAUGUUUACCCAAACAGGAUGUGUACAAUGCAUACAAGCGAUACUGCGACAAUCUCUGUGGGCGGCCUCUCAGUGUGGCCAAUUUUGGUAAAAUUAUAAGGGAGAUAUUUCCAAACAUCAAGGCAAGGAGGCUAGGGGGAAGAGGACAGUCCAAAUACUGUUACAGUGGUUUACGAAGAAAGAGUAUGGUGAGCAUGCCUCCAUUACCAAGCCUUGACCUGAAGAUGACAGAAAGUUCUGAGUUGACAGACCUGGUGCAGUCAUACAAUAAUGAUGUGAUUAAUGCUGCCUGCGCUCUAAUCUGUAACUGGGCAGAGAAGAUCCUCAAGCGCUCUUUUAACAACGUAGUGGAAGUGGCUCAUUUCCUUAUUCAGCAGCACAUCAUUAAUCCCCGCAGCGCGAAUGCAGAGCUGGUCCUCUCCAUGGUCCUGUCAGAAAACUCUCAAAGCAGCAACCCUAAAACACAGAAGCAGCCUACAGAGGGAAAUAAGAGGCCUGGAACCCCUGAAGUUGGUGGCACAGAUGCAGCUGCUAAGAAUAAGAAGAGCAAUAAUCUGCAACCUGUUAGCCCCCAGCCAGUAAAGAAGCGGCCAUCAGAACCCCAGAAAACAGCCGGUAGUCCACAGGUGGAUGCCCUUGUAGCUCGGCUUCCAGUACUUUUGCCCCGUCUUCCAUCUGAAAAGAUUUUGAGUUCCAGCCCUCCUACUAUCCGAUUUACCCCUCCAAUACUAGCUCCAAAGAUAAUUCCUGGUUCUGUAAAAGUUUCACCCUUACCCUUUGCUGCUGUUCCUUCCAGUGCACCCCUAGCAGUGACAGCUGGGAUAAAUGGGACUGGACUGGUAUCUCAGUCUGUGACACCUCCAGUCAUUAGCAUGAUCCUGCCAGAAAGGGUCAGCUUGGAAACUCAACAAAUUAUCAAGCCCUCUCACAAUGGCACCAAAGAAUGUUUGUUAGGGGCUCGUGGAGCAGAAAGCAAGGGUUCAAAACGACCUGUAGUGUCCCCUUCUGUGGGCUUUGGGGAAGCACCUUCAAAAAGAAAGAGAGGCCGUCCCAGGAAAUUGGACAAUGCACCAAAAAAUCACACCAAACCACCUUCCCAGGGGGAUCUAGUAGUAGAAAAGAUCCAGGAGGGAGAAACUAAGGUUGCUGAAAUUAAGGACUCUGCCAUAGCAGAUCUACAAGUUGCAGCCACAGAAAUAUCCACAAGCUUACAUUCCCAAACAAAAGAGAAGCUGAACGUUGGAGGCAUAAAUGUAAAAUCUCCAAAUCUCUCAGAGCCCUUCAGACCUCUGGAGCAGCAGGAGGUACCUUCUGUAGGGGACAAUUUAAGAGUUACUGUAGAUGCCGUCCCUAUUCAAGUGAGUGUGAUCCAGGAUGGCAGGCAGAGGAUGGCACGGGAAGGAGAAAGUGAAAAAAGGCAUAAAGUCCCACAGGAAGUGCCUGACACAGGACCAGACAAAACAGUAUCGACUUUUGGUACUAAACAGUCUGUGCAAAUUCUCUGAGCUCUUCCUGUUAAAAGAACUCUAAAUUUUGCACACCUUCAUGAGCAGACAAACUUUUGUAUUAUUGUGUCCUUUUCCCUUACACAAUGCAUUAAGGGCCCACAGUAAGCUAAAAGAGGAACCUGCUUAAUUAAAGGGUUAAAUAUAUACCCCAAGGUAGUAAACAGCCAUAAUUUGUCAUCUGCAUUGCUUUUGUUGCUAAAUGCUCUCCACAUCAUUAUAUAUUGUAUAUACUCAUAUAAACAGCAAUUUAUUUCCUGCCAUGCUAAUGCCAGGCAAAGAGGAGGUUUAUUCCCUACUACAUACCUCUUAUUCUCAGUGUUAAUAGAAAUGUGCUAUCAUCCAUUCAAUAAAUUAAUUGUUUGUAAUUA